UAUCACCGCCAUUUCUGCGGAUUCUUUUCAAUCUCUUAUUCGUUUGUGUCGCUGCCGCUUUGUGUUGAAUCUUAUUGAUAGGGAAGAACAAAUUCUUCCCAAUUCCUUCUCAUCCCCAAACCUCCACGAAACCCUAUUCCCGAUUGAUUCCAUUGGCCUGACCUCCCUUGGCCGAAUUCGAUUCGCCUACGCGACCCGGAAGUGAUAAAUCUCUGCCCCUUGAGACCCGGAUACCCUAAUCUUUGCACCGUUGUUCAAAUCGUUACUUCGAUUUUAAUUCAAGAGCGGCGAGAGGGUAGGUUAGGUUGCCAGAUUACCUUUUUGUUUUGUUUUGUUUUGUUUUGUUUUGCAGGUAACGAGGAUUGGAAGCUAGAGGCGAGGAUGGUUUUCUACUUCAAGGCCCGCCCGGAUGUCGGGGACUACACCAUCUUCAUGGGGUUAGACAAACACGAGAACGAGGAGCUCAUCAAGUAUGGUUUCCCCGAAGACAUUUGGUUUCACGUAGACAAAAUGUCUUCUGCACAUGUUUAUUUGAGAUUGAACAAGGGCCAGACUAUUGAUGAUAUAAGUGAAGGUUUAUUGGAAGAUUGUACCCAGCUUGUCAAAGCUAAUUCAAUACAAGGCAAUAAGAUGAACAGCCUUGAUGUUGUUUAUACACCAUGGUAUAAUUUGAAGAAAACCCCUUCCAUGGAUGUUGGCCAAGUUGGUUUUUACAAUCCUAAGAUGGUUAAGACAGUCAAGGUAGAAAAACGCAUAAAUGAGGUUGUUAACAGGUUGAACAAGACCAAGGUUGAGAGGAAACCAGACUUGAAAGCUGAGAGAGAAGCUAUCAAUGCUGCAGAAAGAGCAGAAAGGAAGGCCCAGCUAAGGGAUAAAAAGAAGAGGGAAGAAUUGCAGAAGCUUGAAAAGGAAAAACAAGCAGAGGUAAGAAGCUACAAGAGUCUGAUGGUCUCUGAGAAGAUGACAUCCAACAAGCAGAUUGCAUCUGCUAAUAAAUCCCUGCAAGAACUUGAAGAUGACUUCAUGUGAGCGUUGACAGAAAACUGUUGGUUGAUAGAAAAGUUGAAGCUUUUAAAGAUCUGCUUGAUCACUCUGGAGAUGAAUUUUGUGAUUCCGGUCUACUCCAAGACUUUCAUUCCCUGGCGAUGAAGCCCUCACUGAUCAUUCAUCGAACCUGUAACUGUACUACAUGGUUUCAUGGAAUGUGAAGAGAUAGUUGGAACUCUACCAAUAUUCUGAUCAGUAAUAUUUUUGAUAGCAGCAUGCGACCAAUUGGAUUUGCAAAAUUAUACCGUUACAUUUGUACUUAUUUUUCUAUUAGACUGUACUUGAUGAGAAAACUAUGCUUCAUACUGGGAAUCAAGCUGUGUUUGUGCAUUCAUAUGAGAAUAAGUUAUUUAUCGAAAUUGAAUUUGUUUAUUUGAUCAAAGGAUGAUCAGCACAUUGCUUCAUACUGUCCGGUCAAGUGCAAAGCAAGCCCCAUUGAUACGUCAGUGUGAUUAGUCUUUACAUAA